UGGCACAGGGACACCAGAGAAGAGGAGAUAAUUUCUCAUGGUCAGAGGGAAGGAAAAAGGAUCAUGAAAAAACAGCCCUAGCAGAGUAACAGGAGAUGUUAUAGUCCUGGGAAUCAAAGACCCUCCAAAUAAGUGAAAUUUUAACUGGAGUGAUCAAGAAUCUGAAGAAGGAGGGAGAAUGGAAGGUGCUGCUUGUGGAUCAUUUGAGCAUGAAGAUCUUGUCCUCCUGCUGCAAGAUGUCGGACAUAAUGGCGGAAGGCAUAACCAUUGUUGAAGAUAUCAACAAGAGGCGGGAGCCGAUUCCCAGCUUGGAAGCCAUCUAUUUGAUUACACCAUCGGAAAAGUCUGUGCGAGCCCUGAUUAAUGACUUCAAAGAUACACCAACAUUCAUGUACAAAGCAGCCCACAUAUUCUUCAUUGAUUCCUGUCCAGAGUCACUGUUUACCGAGCUUGGAAGAUCACGGUGCACAAAAGUAGUCAAAACCCUCAAAGAAAUCCAUGCGUCUUUCCUUCCUCUUGAAUCCCAAGUGUUCUCGCUGGAUUCUACAGAUUCAUUCUAUCACUUCUUCAGCGCUCACACUGCAAAUGGCAAUAGUACCCUGCUGGAGGAUCUGGCUGAACAGAUAGCAACAUUAUGUGAAACCUUGAAGGAAUAUCCAGCUGUGAGAUAUAGAAAGGGCCCAGAAAUCAAUUCAACAUUGGCAAAUCUAAUUCACGACAAACUGAAUGCAUACAAGGCUGAUAAUCCCAGCAUGGGGGAGGGGCCUGAAAAGUCACGUUCACAGCUGCUGAUAUUGGACCGGGGCCACGACCCUGUGUCACCAAUCCUGCAUGAGCUGACCCUCCAGGCGAUGGCCUAUGAUUUGUUACCAAUCGAUCAGGAUAUUUACUCGUAUGAAACUGCAGGAGUUGCGGAGUCUCGGGUAAAAGAUACACUCCUUGAUGAGGAUGAUGAGCUCUGGCUUCAGCUGCGCCACAUGCACAUUGCUGACGUCUCCAAGAAAGUAACAGAGUUAUUAAAGACAUUCUGUGAAAGCAAAAGGAUGACGACUGAUAAGGCUAACCUGCGGGAUCUUUCUCAAAUACUAAAGAAAAUGCCUCAAUAUCAGAAGGAGCUCAGCAAAUACUCCACACACUUGCACUUGGUUGAAGACUGUAUGAAGCACUUCAAGGGCUCAGUUGAAAAGAUGUGUAAAGUUGAGCAGGACCUUGCUAUGGGGACUGAUUCAGAGGGGGAGAAGGUUAAAGAUCCCAUGAAAAUAAUUGUGCCAAUCUUACUGGAUACUAGCAUCAAACCCUAUGACAAGAUCAGGAUUAUCCUUCUAUACAUCUUCCUCAAAAAUGGGAUCACAGAAGAGAACCUCACCAAACUUAUACAGCAUGCAAAUAUCCAGGAAGACAGCAAUAUAAUCCGAAACUAUCAGAAUCUGGGUGCAACAAUCAUAGCUGGGAGCGGAUUAUCUUCAAAGUCUAAACCAGAAAGAAAAUUACGAACAGAAUCAACUUACCAGCUCUCCAGGUGGACUCCAGUCAUCAAAGAUAUUAUGGAGGAAGCUACAGAAGAAAAGCUUUGCAAAAAGCAAUGGCCGUUUGUGUCGGACCCUGCCCCAAGUACAGCAACUCAGACAGCCGUGAGCGCCCGCUUUGGUCAUUGGCACAAGAACAAGACUCCAACAGAGUAUAGAACUGGGCCCCGGCUCAUUGUUUUUGUUAUUGGAGGGGUUUCCAUGUCUGAGAUGCGCUGCGCAUACGAAGUAACAAAGGCCACCGACAACAAAUGGGAGGUGUUGAUUGGCUCCACUCACAUCCUGACUCCUGAAAGAUUCCUGGACAGUCUGAAGAAUUUAGACAAGCCUCUGGAGACUCAAAGCUGAAACUACUGUUGGAUGUUGCCAACCCUGCCGCCAACCUGUAAUUUUCCAACUGUGAUUAAAUCCACAAAAAGGUGGAAUAGUGACUCUAAAUCAACUGGUUGUAUGUUAAGCUCACAGAAUUAGAUGUAAUUAUUUAUUUAUCUUUAAAUUGAAGUUUACAGUUAUCUCCCUUCUUUACUUGUCAAACAUGGGUGCAUCAAUGCUAAUUUACUUGCCACUUAGUGAGUUGCACAUUCUUCUCUUCUGCCCGCAACCCAUUUUCUCCCCUUGAAGAUGCAGAUUUUUGACUGGGCUGUGAUUUAUAAGAUGCUGCCAGCCCUCCGGUUCUUCAAUCCUACCCUCAUCUGAUGUUUGUGCUUUCACGCACCCUUCCAACAAAGAGAAUUUCUUUUUAAAUAAAUUAACUUUGGCAAGUUUGUUGUCAUCCAGAGACAUGCAGAUUAGGGAGCUCCUUGGCUCUGUCCCUGGCCUGCAUCAAGUUUGUUGACCUCAGCCUGGAUAGCACAUGGGAGGACAAACAAUUGACCUUUAACACCUGGGCUAGGAGUGAGGAGCCAGCCUAGUUAUUUCCUCGUCCUCAAGCUGAGAUGAGAAGAUUUAGUAUAGGCUAGAGUUUGUACCUCGCCCCUUCCUAGUCUGUCUGCCUCUAUAUCAUCAUAAACCUGUUGAAGCUAACUCCUCCCAUUGCCAUUAAAACCUUUUAACCUGCAGAAACUCAUCCCAAGAAGGACCUUGCAGCACCUUUGGUAUAGUGGAGGUGCUGAUUCAUCGGAUGGAGCAUGAGUUACAACAGUUGCAAAGAGCCAGUGUACAGUAAACAGUUGAAGGUGUAAAGAUGAUAAGAUGCACCGAUGCUACCAACUAGCUUGUGAAGUGCUUUGAUUUCAAGCUCAACCAAAGCUGCCACCUGGUUGGUUGUUCCUACUCCUGUUACACCUGAGGUUAAAAAGCCUUCCUACCCGCAUAUAAUCGCAUAGCAUUCCUCUCGACCAAUGGAAACAUCCCAUGUUAUUUUUACAUUAUAAAUUUUAAUGCACUUUGCAUUGUUUGUAAACUGGAAGCAAGGACGAAAUCAUAAAGGAUUGUAUAUUUGUAGUGUGUUGCAUAAUCUUUUACUUUACCUCUUUGCUUGCAGUUGUUCUGCAAUCCGAAUAGGCAAUUAAACUUGUAUUUUUAAUUAUUUAGAUUCGAUAGGUUGAGAUGAAGGCCCUUCAGAUCCGUUAGACCUGAUCCUGCAGAAUAGCAAUGCUACAGCCUUCCCAUUAUUGCUUUAUAUAGGCAUAUGGACCUCUGCUUAACAUUUACUGAAUGACUUAUAUUAAAUAAUGAAAAAUCAAAUUUAGGACAAAAUUAUGUUUUAAGAUCAAGCCUCGAUGGGACAGAUGUUGAGUUUGGCCACCACAAUCACAAUGAGCAGAUGUUAAUCUGAGGCCAAAAAAAAAUUGCAGAUUACAUGUAACAGCUUUCAUACCCAUAAUAUUUUCCAUCACCAGUAAUCCUUCAUAAAUUGACAGCCUGUUGGAUUAUGGUGAUUUACAUAUCUGUUGAUGGCACUUCACAGUGUUGGGUUUUCUGACUUAUUCAGGAUUUUGUGUGUGUUGUCUUCCGCUCCCCCCUUUAGAAUGGGUUCUGUCCAUCCCCCGGCACUUUUUUCUGCAGUGAGCAAGUCAUCUACUAUUUCCUUUUGAGGCUGCUUAAAGGAAGUAGACGAGGGGGGCCAGGACAAACUUGUGCUCUCAACUUUCCUUCUUUCCCUCCCUAAGGGGAAGGAUCCAACUUCCUCUCCCUCCCCUUGCCCCCUCCACCUCCUCCAUUAACACUGCCAAACUCAGGAGCUUGCUGUACGUGGAAUCAUGGUAUAAACUUACAUCCUCCCACUGGAUGGCACCAUGCAUCACAGCAGCAGGCACAACACAGUAUCCCAUCAACGUAAAACAAGAGAUGUUGAAUCAAUUUUUAGAUCACAUAACCUAGUAAAGCUCACUAGUAUAUCCAAAGAUAUUUACAUCUGAACACUUAUUACCUCAAGACAAACAAUUACUGGAUAAAUUUCUAUUACUAGAAUGAAAUUUUGCCUUUAGGGAGUAUUUCAGUUUGCAUUCAUUUGUUAGUAAGCUCCCUAGAGAGUAUGGUGCCUGGAGAAUUCUCUUCUCCCCUAUCCUCAAUCGAAUCCAGUUUUCUGAGAUAACAGUCCUGUGUUCUCGAUCAGCCAUAGCAGUCUCUGGUGUUGCACAAUUUUGUCUCUUUUGUCUUUUGACACGAAGGCGACUCGUUGCAAUAACUGCAUUCGCCGAACUUCACACCGAAGGGAUAUUACAACGGUUGCAACACAAAACUAGUCUGGCGAAAGCGUUUGGGAACUCCACCUCCCCUGGAUCUCCUCAGGAGAGUGGCGAUACCGUUUGGUCCCUGCUACACCUUAAUUCUGUGUGUCGGUGUAGAUUGCAUUGAAUUCACUUUUGUUUUUGAAGCUUUAUUGCACUAAUUAAAUGCAGCCUCUGCACAAGUUUCUAUCACCAGACUGUAUAUGGGAAUUUUUGAAUUUUUCAAUGCAUGUUUGUAAAUUUGUUUUAAGUGAAGCUGUUUGCAAAUGCAUUAGUCAACAUUGAGAUUUAUUUUUAAAAUGAUACAUAGAUGGUUUGGUGGAACCUUCUGGCCUUGGAUAACAUUAUAAUGCAAUCUUUGUUUAAAGUAUCACUGAGAAUACCUUGUGUGCUACUGUUAAUUUUUGUGCAUUUCUCUAUGCUUAUGACCUGUGUUCUGUUUAGUUAAAAUGUACCUUUUGAAUUGCAGAACAUCCCCCCCCCCCCCACCCCACUCCCAAUCUCAAUUCUGAAAGGGACGUUGAACAGGAUGGCACAUGCACUCUGGGCCCUAGAAAGAUUGUUCAGAUUUGAGUAAAGGAAAUUUCUGAAACAUGAUAUUUUUACCUCCGAGCCUUUUAAGGAAGCCAGUGGUAAGCCACCUGAUGACUUACAUGCCAUUUACAGUUCAAGUCACAUUUGGGCAGAACUGUCAUGUCUGGACAAAUACAAGAUUUUCUUUGGAUUGUGCGCUGUGUCUGGCUGUCAAUCGCAUACUGCCCGCCAGGAAGAAGCUCUCCCACGUGUGCUUACACACACACACACACUCCUUUUCUGAGGGGGAUACUUAAAACAUAGUCCACUUUCUCAUGAUAUUUAAACAAGUUCUGCAGUGAAUUUCUAGGUUUACCAGGACCUUUGUGCACUUUUAAAAUCCUAGCUUCACACUGGUAUAUUCCAUAUGGUGCCAUGCCCUGUAAUGGUUCAGCCCCACUCCCAACCCCCUCCUCUUGCCCCUCUGCUUUCCCCAGGUGUCCAUCUCACACCAUUUGGCUUCGUUACAUCUCCAAAUCUAAUCAGUACUUCAUUCUCUCUGUGGCCCUGCUACCACAUUACAUUGGUGUAUGUGGUAUAACUGCAGCCUUAAUAUUAACUAGGGUUUCUGGUUAUAAACCUGACCUACUUAACGAAUUGGUCUGAGGUCAAUUAUUCUUUAUGAAGUGCCCACUCUCUUGCCAUGGAACAGUUCAUCACAUGAUUGGGGAGGGGGCUAAUUAACUUUAUUUUCUGACCUAUUUGAAUCUUUUGUUAUCCAGCAUGUAAUCUGCCUAUAGAUUCAAUGGAUUUAAUUUCAUUGUGUUUAUGAUUUAUCUAGAUGGCAAAAGUUGAUGUAAAUAUUUCCUCUUUAGUAGUAGCCAGAAUAACUUCCCUAUGUAUAUGCAUUGAAUAAUUAAAGUCCUAUAAACUCUCUCA